GGCUAAAAAAAGAAACGCAAAAAGGGCACAGGCUUCAUGUUCAAUAGUGAGAGACUUGGGGUGGGCAAACCAGAAGAUUGCAGUUGGCAAUCGACAGGUUUUCGGAGACCGGCAUCCCAGAGAGGAUGCAGCAGAGACAAUAGCAAUAGACUCUAACAAUCAGCCGAAGUCUCCACUGGAAAAGUUUAUGGUCAGACUGUGUACGCAUCACCAGAAGCAAUUCAUUCGUGUGCUAAACGACAUAUACACUGAAGUGCAACCAGACUCUGAAGGCCAGCCGUUGUCUGAAUCCGAGAGCAUGGAGGCCUCUACUUGUGGCUCUGGUUGUAGCCAGCGAAGCACUGAAAAUCAGGAUAAGGGUGCUACUUGUACUGAAUCAAAGCCCCCUUCUUCCUCGGACCCAGGACAGUCGGGGUCCGAUGGCCCCCUGCAUGUUACAGGACAAGCCCCGAAGCAGCCAGCGGAGCUGAGGUCUCUGGAUAGAGCAGAGAGCUCCAGUCCUGCUUUGAGAAGGGACUUCUCCGAGCUCCCUGUCACCAGGCUUCAUUCUGCUAGUCCAAAGGAUAGCUCCACCCAAGGAUACCUCAGCAUGUUGAACUCUUCCUCUUUGAAUUUCCAUCAUGUCACAAAAAGCCUGGAAGGGCAGCAAGCCGCUGGACACGAGCAAGAAGCCGGUGUCAGAAAGUGUGAGGACAAUAAAGAGCAGCUAGCAGGUAAGACUCUCGUGGAAGGUUAUAUCUCGGUCAAGGUGGCGAAUGUGAACGGCAGCGAGGACAGCUUAGACGGCUGUCUGGGGUCCCAAAAGAGCUCUUUCAGAGCUCUGCCAGAAGAGUCCUGGGAUCCCGGCUUUGCGGUGACCCCCCCUCGCAGAGCCGACAAAGAGAACACUUUGCAAUGCAGCUCGAAAGCAUCUUUGCACCAGGACUUAGAUGCGAAAGAACAAGAUGCGAGACCAAAGCAAGAAAACCACCUGCACACCGUGGCCAAGGGCAAGGCAGGCUGCCACCUGCACCCGGCCGACAAGGGACCCCUCGAUAAGUCCAAAGAGGGCUGGCUGCCCGCCGGCACCACGCCAGCCGCCCACCGGACCCCCAGCGGGCACCCCCGCGCCAAGGCAGCCUCCCUCAGAGCCACUCGGAAGAGCAAGAAGGCGUCGGGGCUGAGGAUCAAUGACUACGACAACCAGUGUGACGUGGUCUACAUCAGCCAGCCCAUCACCGAGUGCCAUUUCGAGAGCCAGCGGUCGGUGGCGUCCCGCAAGACGGCGAGGAAGAGCACCCGGGGGUACUACUUCAACGGGGAGUGCUGCGAGCUCCCGACCGUCCGCACGCUGGUCAGGAGCUCCCGGGCGGAGGAGAGGGGGAGCAGCCCGGCACUGCGAACGGAGACCCUCGUAAGCGCCAAGCCGCCCCUGGUGCUCUCGGUGGGGGGGUCGGCGGGGGCAGGACGGGAAGGCGAGAAGAGGGUUUCCCUGAGGCUCCUGGCUAAAGGGGCACCAACCAGCCGAGAAACAAAAGACAGAGCUGAGCUGGGCUCCGUGCAGCCCCGGGAUACCCGGGCGCUGCGGUCGAGGGAAGCCGCCAUGGCCAUACCCUUCUUCUCCCUCUCUGCUCCACCCAGCCCCCAGAAAGAGGACAGCUUGGCUGGCUCGCCGCCCCCUGCCUCCCCUCCUGCCGAAGGAGGGGGGACGAGAGUGGGAAGUACUGUCCCCUGGGAGGCUGGCAGCAGCCUGGGCUGCUCCGGGGAGGGCAGCGGUGGCGGGCAGGCUGAUGAUUUUGCUGCCCUUCCUGUCUCAGAAGCACCCGUCAGGGAGGAAGGUUGCCCAGGCUCUGAAACACAAACUGAUCCGGACCUCUCUGCCAGCCCGGAGACAAAUUGCCCCUUGCAGCCCUCCGCUGCAGCGGACACAUCACCCCUGGACCAUGAUGGCGCCAGGGAUCCUGCCCAGCUUCCAGGUGCGGGAGACACGGAGCCCAGCGGGCUGCGUCCGGCAGAGCCCUCCCCACACUCUCCAGGCUGGCUGACUCCUGAUGAGCCCCCUGCCACUGUGGAUGGGGAGAGUCCCCCGGAGCCCCCUGCCACCUUGCAAUGCGUGAACAUGAACAAAAGCAUCGAUGCUGAACCAGAAGCCGAAUUAUUUGGCGUGGCGAGUGAUGGCUCCCUCGAGCAAGAGGAGGCCGUGCCAGCCGGCACAGCCCUCCCCAAAACCUCAGGAGGGGAGGCAGCGCAGAAUAACAGCCCAGCAGGUGAAAAAGAGCCUGUUGAAGGAGAAAUGCCGCCUGACCCCGAUGGCUCAGACGCUGCAGGGAAAGACUCAUUCUCUUCCAAAGACAGUCUAGACAAGAAACGCAAGAAAGGCAGGAGAGUGCUCGUGGCAUCAGACCGGCGUCUCCGAAGCCAGCAAUCCCAGUCACCCGCUGAGGGCAGUGCUGAGGACGUGGGUACUUCCAGUUCUGUACAGCUUCCUUGCCUUCAGAUCAAACUCUCCAAGAGCCCUGGCGCUAAGCGGUUCAAGAGAGAAGUGCACCAGGAUGGGGCAGCAUCCCUGGACUUCCCAAAUGACUGCUUCCCCAACGCGCUGCUCAAAACCAGUGAGGGGCCGGGCACCGGCCGGGCCCCGGAGAGCAUUGCUGAGCAGUGGCCGGGCGAGGAGAACGGUGUCAUUACCAGACAAACCUAUAAAAGCAUCUUAGCGAAAGAGACUGCGGCAGAGGCAGAAAAUUCCUCUAAAGACGACUCCCCUGCUAACAGCAGCCCAAGUCAACCGGGUGAGAUGCUGGAAAUCAGCGUCCAGGCUGAUUCUGAGAACGGAAGCAUUCUCCUCCCCCCGGAGAGCAGCAUGCCUGCAAAUAAUGCCGAGGAAGUGGAUGUGAAACCAGGCGGUGCCAGCGCAAAGGACAAGGAGAGCUCUGACAGUGCCAUGGACACGGGCAAGCUGGAAAGCUGCGAGCCAGUGGCCAGUUUGCUUCCAUGUCCCAGCAGCAGAGGUGGAAGCAAGCAUCUUCCAGCAAAGGCUGCAAAGCAUAAAAAGGUCGCCCUGCAGUUUUAUAACUUAAGACACACGCCCGCACCUGUGGAAACCACAAAAAAGAGCACACCAGGGAAGGAGUCUAUGCAAGCGAUCCCCAAACUGAGGGACGAAUGGAGUUCAGGGAAUGACGACUUCCCAGCGUUGGAGGACAUAGACAGCAAACCAAAGUUCAUGGAGUGGUGUGCUGAAGAGGAGAACCAGGAGCUCAUUGCCGAGUUCAACGCCCAGUACAUGAAAGUUCAGAAGGGCUGGAUUCAGCUGGAGAAGGAGGUGCAGCCAACCCCCAAGGUAAAGAACAAAGCCGACAAACUGAAAGAGAUUUGGAAAAGCAAGAAAAGGACGCGGAAAAGUAGAGGCUCGCUGGAAGUGCAGAAGCUUUCUCCUGUCCAGAUGCUGUUUAUGAAGGCUUUUAAGCUCUCCGACAUCUGCCAGUGGUUUCUGGAGACAACUGAAACCAGGUCUCUAGUGAUUGUGAAGAAACUCAACACCCGUCUCCCAGGGGAGAUCCCCCCCAUCAAGGUCCCCAUGCAGAAAUAUUCCUCCUCCGGUCUCUACCCCAGCUCCCUGCAAGCCGAACGUUUGAAAAAACACCUCAAGAAGUUCGCUGCAACUACCCCGGCUCGGAAUAACCUGAAGAACCAAAAGCUUUGGGCCAAAAUUCGGGAGAACGCUGAUAAAGCGGAGGCUGAAGAAGCCACCCCUCCCAACCAGACGUCUCCCACCGAGGCCGGCGCUGAGAACCUGAGCGAAGACAAAACCAUCCCGCCUGCCCUCAGCUUGCCCACGCAGGCCAGCACCAGGAUCCUGCGCAAGUACUCCAACCUGCGGGGCAAGCUGCGAGCCCAGCACCGCGUGGUGAAGGCGGAGAAGAAGAGCGACAGCCCGGGGGACCACCCAUCCCUGGAGAGCAAGCAGAGCCGGAAGAGCGUGUGCAUCAACCCGCUGAUGUCUCCAAAGUUGGCCUUGCAGAUCAAAGCAGACGCCUUUCCCGCUAGAUCUCCGUCAGUGGAUGGGACGGGGAAGGGGCGGAAGGGGAAGGGCAGGUCCCAGGAGGACCCCUCGCCCAAAGCUGAUCUUCAGCUCAGCAGGAAGAAGAGGACGCUGAAGGAGAGCGGGAGCACCCAGGAACGGUCUGGUUCCUCCACCAAGGACAAGCUGCCUGCCAAGAAGGCCAGUAAAAUAAAGCAUUCGGAGGUCGGCACAAAAGCUCCCGCCACCCGAAAGCAGGCUGCCAUGGAGAGAAGCAAUAAGCUGGCUAGAAAAAUGUCUUUCAAAGAGAAGAGAGCCCCGAAAAGGCAGCUGGAGAAGGUGCGGCUCCCCAUGCGGAAGGGCAAGGAGAACACAAGCCGACGGGCCGUGCUGCUCCCCGGCCAUGAGGAGCUGGCCAAGUCCCCGAAGCAGAAGCCCCUGGGGGAGUCCUCCACGCGGUCGCAGAAGAUGGUCACCAAGAAGCCCAGCGGUGGGAAGACCCUGACGAGGUCCAUGAAGAAGAUGCAGGAGAGCAGCGGGUCACAGGGCAAGAGGAAGCUGAGGGCAAAAGUGGACUGUUCGCACAGCAAACGCUCGCGACUGGACCCGAAAUAGCGAAGAACCGGUAGCCGUGUACAAAACUGAUGUAUAGUAGUAACCCUUUACCAUGCAUUAACUAAAGCUGCUUUUAUAAGCUGUAGCAAGCCUUUAAAAAUCCGCAGUUAAAGGAUAACGCCCGUGAUUUUAGGCAUCAGCAGAUGUGUCUCGGACAGAGAAGAGGUCGGCCUGUCUGGCUCUGCUGCUCAGAAGGAAGUUCCUGCAGUUUGAACGUUCCUUGGGUUUUUUUUUUAAAACUUGGAACCAGGCAGUUUUAGUUAAAAGUACAGUGCCUUAUUUAUCACUUUUAAAAAAUAAAAAUAAGAAGCUCGUCUGUGUGAUUUGGAGGCUUGCGUUUUAUACUUGAGGCACAAGCACUUGUACUGUAGCAGAAAGAAAACCACCUUCGUGCACAUGAAGUAGCUUUCGGCAGCCUUUGGGUGCACGCAAACAUUUCCCUUUCCUUCAGAGUCCUCCUUCUGUCUGUCUUCUUAGUGGCAUUUAAAGCAAAACCAAAACCAUUUCCCGUCAGUGAGGGAGAGAAAGGCGAAUCUGUCCUUCGUCGGUUUGUUUGUAGCAGCUGCUGGUGUCCCAUACUGUUACCUGUGUGAAAGUAUUAAUUAGCUACUGGUGUGUGUACUGCUGAUGGCUGCCUCGCUCCCCCAUUGCACAGCCCGUGGGGUAGGGAGGUCCUGCUCAGGAGGAGGAGGAGGAGAUGCUGUAGGUACCAGGCUGCCGCAUCCACCGCUGCCGGGCGGGCGUGCUGGGCUGUAUCCAUCUUUAUUUCUUGCUGGCUUCAGGGAUGAAUGGGUCCUGCUGUGCCCUGCUUUCGGACAGGCCUCCUUCUCCCAUUUUGCUGCCCUCGUGGUGAUUUCUGUGGUCUCUGAUGGCAAAGCAGUUUCCGCAGCGCUUCGCUGGAGGUUGAAUCUCUCCCUUUUUGGGGGCUGGAGCUCCUUGUGGUGUUGGUGCUCUGCAGAAGGGGAGCCCUGGCCCUCGCCCCGUGCUCUCUUGUGCACGUCUUGCCUAGCACCCUGCUUAGCCAGGAUUUGCAGUUGGAAUAGGGUUGGGAUAAGGGACUGACUUAAGUUUAUUUUUUACGGUGAUUUGCAUUUCAUCCUUUUUACUAGCAAGGUGCGGCUGGGUUUGUCCUUGCUCGUGGCUGGUGCUGUGGCGUCUGAAGGCGGCCAAGCCUCUGCCCUGUCGUGCGCGACACCUUUGCAGGGCUCCUCUGCAAGCCCCUGCAGCAGGUUUAAAAGCCGGCUGGGGGUCUGCAGUGGCAGACCAGGGUCACGGUGCCUGGCGCCACUGAGAAAAGCCUGCUAGGAGCGCAUGGAGCGCGUGGCUGUGCUGGCUGUCCCGGGCAGGGAUGCUCAGCGGCUGAGAAGGGACACUGCGGUCAGGGAAAGGACCCUGCCCAGCCGUUGCAUCUCCAUGGCUUCGCUUUGGCAUUGCUGCACAAAACCCAUUUGCAUGAAUCCCGAUGCAAGCCCGCUCCCGUGCAGAAAGCAGCAAUGCCUGAGAGGGCACCGCGCGGGCUCUGGGGUGGCCCAACCAUUAACAGCCUCUUGUCGGUCCUUGCUCAGCUCCUCGUCCCUGCUCGAGUCUCCGGGGCAGGCCAUGCGUCCAAAAGAUGCCUUCCCUGGGGGCAGAGGCUUGAGAGGGCUCGGCUGCAAUGGGGAAUUGCUUUUCACAGUUGGCAUUGAACCCCAGAUCCCAAAGCCUGUGGGGCUGGAGGUGGAAAGCGGAUAAUCAUCUUUAAAUCUCUCAUUUUACCCAUUUAGAGGAUGAAACAAGGUGUUCGAGAUUCGCACGCCCUUCGCAGAGCACCUCUGUCUCUCUCGCAGGCAUUCCCUUCCCCCAGCACUGACGCACAUGAGGCUGCGGCACAUUUUUCUCUUACUAUGAAAUGGCUGAUUUAAAAAAAAAAAAAUCCUUUACCUUUCCUUUGACUCAUGCUAGAAUAAGUUAACUCUCUGAACAGCUAGGAAGUGAUUAAAUCUAUCCUGUCAGUCCCUGUACAGAUUAAUAUGAAGUUAUCUAUUACUUUAAUUUUUACUGCAUGCAUUAAAUAUGUCAAACAUUCCAUCAGAAAAGAUUUAAAAGCGUUUCAGGAGAGGUGUGAGGCAGGAGGGCACUGAUGGCAGUUAAAUGACUGAUCUGUACCUUUCCUACAGGUUGUCUUUCCCUCUUGUUUCUCCAUCCGUACUUAGGGUCCUCCUCUAACCUCUGGCUGCGGCAGCCUCUCCGCGGGCACGGGGGGCUCGGGAUUUCCCCUCCAUCCCCUGGGCCGGGUGUGUGUGUGAGCAUCCCUCUUACCUCUGCUCCUCACCCCGCUCCCCUGCAGCAAACCCCCCCCCCUUUCCCCAUCUUUCCCCAUCACUCCUGAAGCACCUGUGCCGGGCUGUGUGUGCGGAGCCACGCCGGGCACCGCGCGCCGAGCAAUCCUUGGGGCUUUCUCUCUCUCUUCCUCUCUCAUUUUUAGGUGCUGGUAAAUGCAGGCUGCUCUGAUCUCCAUCUUCUAGGAGUGAGAUUAAGAUAGAAACCUUGACGAAGCAACUGGAGAUGGGGGUGCUCCUGCUCCAGCCUCCCGGCUGCCUUCCUGCGCCCGGGGACUCCACGAGCACCAGUUGGCUGGAGCUUGGCAAGGGCAGGAGAGGUCAGGCAUCACACCGGUGUGGGACUGGUGCGGGAGCGAAGCAGUGUUCGGGUAUCUGUCCCAGUUUGGUGCGUGCUGGGUGUCUUAGGUGGUGGUGGGAUCAGCACGUCGAGCUUUCCAGCAGUGUCCCUGCCAGGCAUCGACUCCGGAGAGGAAUGGCUGGGACCCAUCACGGGGGGAAAUCGGAGAUGCUAAAAGGAAAACCAUAUUCCUCCCCCCCCUUUGAACUUCCAGUCUCGGUCUGUAGUCUUCUGUCAUACUCCUGUGUUUCGCCUUCGUUGGAUGGAGAUUUCCUAUGCCGAAGGCAGGCAGUCGCAGGGCUCCGGGAGGGAACGAGGUGGCCUUGGCCAUGCUGGGCAGUGCGCAGGCAAUGUGUCCUGAGGCCCAAAGCACCUGCACCUUGUCCUGAGCUCCUUUGUCUUCAGCUCUGUCCCUCCCUGGGGGAUGCCAGGGGCCUUCAGCAAGCCCGGGCUUUCCCACGUCAGAUCCAGCACGUCCUGUGCAAAAAGCAACACUCACAAAAUCUGUGCAAAGAUCCUACUGACGUUUAACAGGAGCUGGGCUGUGCCUUGUAGCUGUAAACCUGAAUUUCUGCUCCCUUUAAUGAGGAAAGACAGAAGGUGUGUUUUGUGUCAGGAUGGGGCUGAAGCGAGGGUUCUGAGCUGGCGUGUGGAUUGUUAUUCUUGUCUACAGAAAGUGCGUGAGGAGAAAGCAAAUAAUUCUGAGGCUUUUUUCCAAAGAAAGCCAUUUUUAAAUACAAUUGCCCCAGCCUGCUGUCUGGGACCAACCCAGGCCAGGCGUGUGCUCCGUGUCCCUUGUGGGUGCCUGGCUCGGGCGGCAGACAGCAGAGCGGCACCUUGGGCAUCUGCAGGGACCAGGGAGUUUCGCAGGAGGUGCCGAACCGGGCUGUCCCGGGGGAUGUGAGAUGGUCGGGGGUCUUUUCAGUGGGGCCCCCCCGCCCCGGCUUCCUGCUCCACUGCCCUCGGGUCGGUCCCUGGUGUUGCAGCCUCUGUAGGACUCCCUCCGUCUGGGCAUGUAAACCCUGCCCAGAGCUGCUCUGCUCUCUGACUUUCCUCCCAACAACUCCCCCUUGUUUAAAAAUCACCAUUUUUAAGGAAAUCUGGAGUGAUUCUCCUCUACAUGGUGCUGUGAGUGAGGAGCCGGCGGGAGCGUUUCCUCCCGCGGCUGUUGUGCUGGCCGGUGGGUUUACCUCAGGCAGGUGGUUUUUAACGAGCAGGCUUGUUUGCCAAGGGAUGGGCAGGGUGAAGCCAUCGCCAGUGGCUGAGUUAUUGCAGCAAGCGCUUGGGGCAUGACCUCCGCAGCCCACCUCGAGGUAGGAAUAUUGGCGCUUUAGUAACAGGUCCUCCGAAUUUCACAUUGUUUGGGUUACCCCGGGGGAGGGUGCCGCAGGGGUGAGGUAGACCAGGGGUGGUCAUCAUCCCUAGAAAAGCAUUAAGGCUUGGUGCUCUGAGGAAACCCCCAGCUCCUUGCCAGGCUCCUUUCCGUGCUGUCCCUGCUCCAGGAGACGCCACCUUUGGCCCCUCCGCCUCUCCGGUGUCCAUUCUCCGCUUGGCACCAGUGGUAGCUGCCAGGUCUUGCAGACUACAAGACCUGCUUUUAAUGUGCUUCACGCUUGCUUUUGUGAGCGCUUUAUUUUGGGGCAGGAAGGAGGAGUGCUGUAAUUUGCUAGAAAAUUAAAUUUCAGUUUAAUUUGCUAGCAAAUUAAGGGGUCUGGAUGUGGGGUGACUGCCUGGCAGGGUGGCAUUGCCCGGGUAGCUCCAUUUUCUGUAUCAGGUGCUCAGAUGUUUGAAUUUUUACUCUUUUUCUUUUUUCCCCCUGUCAGUCCUCGUGUUGCAUUGCUGUCACCCCACUUUUUACUUCCCAAUUUCCUCUCUCCACGCAGCCACGCUUCAGCUAGAACAGUGCAGAAAGGACACAAGCAUGAGUAGAGGCGAUGCCAUAUGUAUGACCUGCUGCUCUUUGCGAGUGACUUGGGGCAGGCACUACUCAUUUCUCUUCGUUCUGCAGCGCGGCAGCGGCGAGGUGUGCUGCUGGGGCACGGCCCCUGCCUGCUUCCAAUAAACGCAGCUUCCACGCAACGCGAGGGACGCACAGGGAGCUGCCGACGAUCUUCAUGAAUGGCAGGAAAUAAGCAAGGCGAUUUAUUGCCCUGCUCCACUCGGGCAUGGAGUGCGUUUCGGUUGGCGGCGGUGCAGAGCUGCCCACUGGCACUACCACAGUGCCAUCCUCAGCUCCGCAGCCUCAUUGCGUUCCUCCUCCUCCUCCUCCGGGCCACCCUGCAGCUCCCAGCUCCGCGUCCUCAGCUCCGGAUUUCGGCACAAGUGCUGUGUCCCACAAAACAGACCUCUUUCGGUUACUUUGGCUUUCCUUGCUGGCCACUUUCUCAUCCUACUCUUGAAACUAGUCGCCACCCCAGCUUCCCGGUCCGUGUACCAGGAGCAGCGUCUUCUUAGCUCUGCGCCUCCACAGCUGUCCUUACUGUCCCUUUGCUGCCAGCCCCCCUCUUUCAUUUGCAUGGUUACCUUGUCAUCGGCAGCUCUGGGUCUUCACCCUUCCUGUGGUCAGGAGCCAUCCAUCUUCCCUGACCUCCAGGAGGGGCCGGGUUUGCCAAGCUCAGAGUCAAAAUGUACCUGUCGGGGGGUCCGAGGGCUGCAGGAAGAGCAGUUUGAGCCCAGGGUGGCUCCUUCUCUCUGUAGCUGUUGGGUUCUUGUCUCGCCAUUCGAGCCCUGGAAUGGGUUUCCCAGCUGACAGGGGGCGUGCAGCGUAUCCAAGGUGUGCUUGUGUUUGUAUUCAUCGCUAGUUCAUCACUGAUGAGGUCCUUCUUGCUCGUGUUUGCUGUGUGCUGUGGUGUUUGUGUUCGACUGCCAACACGUCAGUGAGACGCCUUUGCAGCAAACCUUCUUCAAAGAUCUGGCUAGCCAGCGUUGAUGCUUCCAGCAAACUUUCCGCCGCGUUGCUGGUCAUCUUCCAUGAGCCGGGAGAGUGGGAUGAACUCGAUCCCGCUGCUCUCCGUGUCCCCAUCCCUCCUGGGCCGGGGGGAGCUGUGUGGCACUGGACCGAGCCGGGUGGCAGAGGCUGCCUGAGCCGCUUUUUGCCGGUGUGUGGGUGUGCGAAGCCGCAGCCCAGCUCGUGUCCCAGCCACUCGCAUGGCACCUCUGGAAAUGCCAGCCUUUACGAAAGCUCUGCCAGCCCUUACUAACCUCCUGGGAAAUAGAGAUGCAGUCUCAGAAGGACACGGAUGAGCUGCUGCCCUGCUUUUAAGACUUGCUGAUGGACACUUUCUCUCUCCAGCUUGUAUUCUUUCAGCCUCACUACUGCAUUCCCAGUUGAAGGCGACUGGGAAAGCUGCGAUUCCCAGCCUCCCAUAGGCAUGGGCAGGGAGGUGGGAGCUGCCGUCUGGCUCGAGCUCCCGCCUUUCCACCACCGGUGGUCGUGCCGUGGGAAGAGGGCUGAGCCGCAGCCAAGGCGUCCUUGGGUCCAUGUCCUGGGGCUGUACGCCCGGCCGGCAGCGAGGCGGGGGUAGGCUCCCCCCUGCCCGGGAACGCCACUGCAGCUUUUCCUGUAGCCAUAGGUUUUUGGAGCAAACCACGAGGCUACGAUGUCCCCGCAUCGCGCGCGUCCCCAUCCCCCCCCCUCCCCACCCUCCCCAUGUGUCGUAGCGUCCGUUCGGCCCAUCCUUUAGCUUGGUGGUUGUGAAAUGAAUCCAUCUGUUCUAAGAUGUUCUCAGGAGUUCUUGUUUGUAUUAAGCUCACCCCUAGGCUUAGCAGGAAUUGCGGUCCCCGUCCUUCCUCCUCCCCUCCCCAUGGACAAGCCCUCUCUUUCACGAGCACUUCCACCCCCUCCCUAAAGGGCGGCAGUGGGGGGCAGCUGGUGGCUUCGAUUCAGGGCACGUUGGCAGCUUGGGGGCAGCCGGAGGAGCUGGGAUGCAGCCGGCCGGCGUUGGCGACGUGGGUCCAGAGGCCAGGCGGUCCCUCGGGCUGCGUUGCUAGCCAAUGUUUUCUAAGUCUGUUUGUAAGAGUACCUAAUUUUAAAAUGAAAUGUGAAUAUAUAUUAUGUGUAGGUGCCAUGUAAGAUAGUGUUGUGCUAGGCGGCAGGAUGCUAACGUACUUUUUAAGCUUUUUUUGGGGGGCAGGAAAAAGCAUUUUUCUCUCACUUCAUGCUCACAGAUCUAAUAUUGUAAAUAGUGUUUGUUUUUUUUUUUAAAUAUUUAUUUCAUGGGCUUUCCACAGGUUCUUGUUCUGACUGGUGUGUCGGUUGGUGGGGCUGUAUCGCCCAGUGUGCCGCAACCAAAGGGCUGGCUAUUGCGUGGGGGGACAGGGCGGGAUGGGAGGGGGCGGGAUGGGGUGGGAUGGGGAGGGUGGUGGUGGUGUUUGGUUUGGGGUUUUUUUUAAUGUCACUUCAAAGUUGAAGCAUUAACUCUUUCUCUUCAUCUCAUUGUGAUGAUGUCAGACCUGGUCGAUGGCCACAGUCCCUGGGUGUUGUGGGGGGGGCGGUGAGCUCCUGUGGCCAGCCGGGGUGGCCGUUCCCCGGGGCGGGGGGGGCGCUGCAAGCAAUAAGAUUUGUAGUAAUAAUGUCUGCUUCGAUGGCAGGGGCUCUCGGGGCUCAGAGCCAGCUGGGAAUAACCCUGCUCCCAGCGGGAGCUCGCUCCGGCGUGGGGUGGCAGAGGGGAGUCUCUUGGCCUGGGAAUGCCCAAGGAGGCGUCCCCAGGGAUGCGGGAGGUGGGGGCUGCUGUCACCCCCAGGGAACCCCCCCCCAACAGUGGCCGGGGUAGGGUAGGUAGCUACCGAUAAUGAACUCCCGUGAGUGAAUUCCUGCAGUGAGCAGCUGCCUUCGGGGCUCCUGCGCUCCCUGCGGGGACGGGUGACCCAAAGGAGCGCACCCCGUUAAGAUCCCACUGCCAGCUCCAGAAGGUCGUUUGCUUGUUUGCUUGCCAUUCUGCGAUUUUUAUUCUCCUUCUAGGGGGGGUUCAGGGUCAUUUGGUUGUUUUUUCCUAAGUGUGUUUGGAUUUUUUUUCUUCCUUUUUUUUUUUUUUUUUUAACCCCUUUUUGCCUGGAAGUGUUUGCUGGCUGUGCCCCCCCCACCCUGGCCAUCUGUGUGGGGCAGCGUCAGCAAGACCAUUGCUGCUUCUGCGGUGAUGGGUCCCGACUUUGGAGGGUGGAGCGGGGAGUGCUGCCGGGUCCUGGCCCUGCAGGACCCCUCACCAGCCCCACGCUUCCUUCGCCCUUGGAACAGGUGUAAAAAAAAAAAAGAAAAAAGAAAGAAAAGGGAAAAAAAAAGGCAACGACAACCUAGUAAGUUUUUUCCUUAAGAUGCUCAGCAUUUAAAUGUUAUCUCCACCCUGAUGGCAAAUGUUUUUCCUUCAUCUGUGCCUGCUUCCCUGGGAGAGUUUUGUUUCUCUGUUUGUUUCUAUAUGAAUUUUAGACACUGAGCUGAAAAGUCCUCCUGUCCGGUACUGUAUGUUUGAGCCUAAGCAAUGUGAACUGUACAGACCAGCGGUGGGAAGUGGGAGCCGGUGACCGCAGCUGGGAGAGCCGUGGCUUGGGACGGCAUUCCCGGUUGCUCCGGGGAGCGGGAAGUACCGCGUCGCGAGUUGGGAAAAUGAACUGUCUGCUGUGAAUUCUCGGUUGGAAAUGUGGAGAGGGGUUUCCAUUAGAUAAUGUUUACAUACCUCACCUGACGAACCUUUGAAAGUGUAUAUAUUAAAAAAAAAAAAAAAAAGAAAAUAAAAUUAUAUUAAGUUGCUUUAAAUCGAUAUGUAUAGCUAUAAGAGCUGGGUCAUUUGAACUUUGACUAUGUAUCGACUCUCUAAAUGUUGACAUUUUGUGAACUCUGUGCUCCUGUCUUUUAUUUCAUCCUAGCCUAUGGAAGAAGUUGUGUUCUUGUUCCAGGUAAAAGGUCCCUGACUCAGAUCUGAACUCCUCAAGGAUUCCCACCACCUUGUUUUCUUUUCUUCCUCCACUGUCAAUAUUCACCCUAUGAGCUUUCUAAAGGUCCGUAUUUUAUUGCAGCUUAUUAAACGUUUCUUUGAUAUCA